AUGGGUUCAAAUGUCAGACGAGAACGCGCCUGAUGCUUUAUUACAGUUUUCCGUCGAAAUGAAAAGAGUUUAAUCGUAUGUUGAGUUGACAGUAGUAUGUUCGCUCCGUUUCGCUGCUCAUCCGGUUAGCAAAGCUAACGUUAGUUAUCCGGCUUUUCGCUCGUCGUCGACGUCAGCACAGAAGAAGCCCUCGAAAACAUUUCGUACUUUAAAGCCGUGUUUAUGAAGGAGUUACCAGAAGCCUCCGCACCGCUCCUAAAUAAUGAGGAGGCUGAACAAGAAGAAAGCUCUGACUUUGGUGAAGGAACUGGACGCAUUCCCCAAAGUUCCUGACAGCUACGUGGAGUCCACAGUCAGCGGAGGAACGGUGUCUUUGAUAGCAUUCGCUCUCAUGGCUGUCCUUGCCUUCCUGGAAUUCUUUGUAUACACAGACACAUGGAUGAAGUAUGAAUAUGAGGUGGACAAAGAUUUCACGAGUAAACUGAGGAUAAAUAUUGACAUUACAGUGGCCAUGAGAUGCCAGUACAUAGGUGCAGAUGUCCUAGACUUGGCAGAGACCAUGGUUGCUUCUGAUGGCUUAAAAUAUGAACCAGUCAACUUUGAUCUUUCUCCAGAGCAAAGACUAUGGCACAUGACACUUCUGCACAUCCAGGAACGCCUUCGAGAGGAGCACUCACUCCAGAAUAUACUUUUCAAGACGGCAAUACAAGGAUCUCGAGUUGUUGAACUUCAAAAUGAGGACAGUCAUACUUCUUUCACUGCCUGUAGGAUACAUGGACAUCUAUAUGUCAACAAGGUGGCUGGAAACUUCCACAUUACUGUGGGCAAGUCCAUCCCACAUCCUAGAGGUCACGCACAUCUAGCUGCCCUGGUUAGCCAUGACUCAUAUAACUUCUCUCACCGGAUUAGCCACUUGUCCUUUGGAGAAGGGAUUCCUGGGAUUAUCAACCCUUUAGAUGGCACUGAGAAAGUCUCAGAAGAGCCUAAUCAUAUGUUUCAGUACUUUAUCAACAUUGUGCCAACCAAACUGAAGACCUCUAAGAUCUUUGCAGAAACACACCAGUACGCCGUCACAGAGCGGGAACGAGUAAUAAACCAUGCUGCAGGCAGCCACGGUGUCUCAGGGAUCUUUAUGAAAUAUGACAUCAGCUCACUAAUGGUGACAGUUACAGAACAACACAUGCCUUUCUGGCAGUUUCUCGUCAGGCUCUGUGGCAUCAUUGGAGGCAUUUUCUCAACUACAGGUAUGCUUCAUGGUUUGGUGGGCUUCUUGGUUGAUGUAGUUUGUUGCCAAUUCCAAGUCGGAAUUUACAGGAAACGUAAGCUACGUGGGCGCUACCAAACGGUCAAUGCAAACCAGAGAAAUUGUGGAGAGAGCUGGACAGCGUGAUCACAUCUGUCGGAUUUUAGUGUCAUCACUGGAGACGUGUAUGAGGAGGAUCCUCAGGAUGUUCAUGAAAACCGUAAAAGUCAAGUUCUCAAUUCCAUUGGCUAAUGUUUAUUGACAUCGUAGGUGGCCUCCAGCUUGCAGUCUGUUCAUACUGUGUGGUAAUAUCUCGUCUCAGUAGACGGCAAUGACAUGCCAGAAUAAUGUUUACAAGUUCAUUAAACAUGGCAACUGUUUUCAAAAAGUGUGCAGAUUUGUUUGGGGUGCAUUGGUUACAUUUUUUUUUAAAG